GGCGGGGCGGGGCUGCGGCGAUUGUCUGGCGGCCUGGGCCGGCCCGUGGCGCUGACCGUCUGCCCGCGGGGACGGAGGCGCGCGCCAUGGCGGUGUCCGAGAGUCAGCUGAAGAAGAUGAUGUCCAAGGUAAUGCUGAGGAGGAUUUGCUGUGGAUUGAGAGAGAUGCUCAAGGAUAAUUUCCAAGGUUUGGUACAGCUGCAAGAGUUAGGAUGAGUACAAAUACAGAGAUCUGACUGUCCGUCAGACUGUCAGUGUCAUCGCUAUGUACAAAGACCUCAAACCUGUAUUGGAUUCGUAUGUUUUUAAUGAUGGCAGUUCCAGGGAGCUGGUGAACCUCACUGGAACAAUCCCUGUGCGUUACAGAGGUAAUACAUAUAAUAUUCCAAUAUGCCUGUGGCUGCUGGACACAUACCCAUAUAACCCCCCUAUCUGUUUUGUGAAACCUACUAGUUCAAUGACUAUUAAAACAGGAAAGCAUGUGGAUGCAAAUGGGAAAAUCUACCUACCUUAUCUACAUGACUGGAAACAUCCACGGUCAGAGUUGCUGGAGCUUAUUCAGAUCAUGAUUGUGAUAUUUGGAGAGGAGCCUCCCGUGUUCUCCCGGCCCACCGUUUCUGCUUCCUACCCACCAUACACAGCCACGGGGCCACCAAACACCUCCUACAUGCCAGGCAUGCCGAGUGGAAUCUCCGCAUACCCAUCUGGAUACCCUCCCAAUCCCAGUGCUUAUCCUGGCUGUCCUUAUCCAUCUGCUGGCCCAUACCCUGCCACAACAAGCUCCCAGUACCCUUCCCAGCCUCCUGUGACCACUGUUGGUCCCAGCAGGGACGGCACCAUCAGUGAGGACACCAUUCGAGCAUCUCUCAUCUCAGCAGUCAGUGACAAACUGAGGUGGCGGAUGAAGGAAGAAAUGGAUGGUGCCCAGGCUGAGCUCAAUGCCCUGAAACGGACAGAGGAAGAUCUGAAAAAGGGCCACCAGAAACUGGAAGAGAUGGUCACCCGCUUAGAUCAAGAAGUAGCUGAAGUUGAUAAAAACAUAGAACUUUUGAAAAAGAAGGAUGAAGAACUAAGUUCUGCUCUGGAGAAAAUGGAAAACCAAUCUGAAAAUAAUGACAUUGAUGAAGUUAUCAUUCCCACAGCCCCACUGUAUAAACAGAUUCUAAAUCUGUAUGCAGAGGAAAAUGCUAUUGAAGACACUAUCUUUUACCUGGGAGAAGCCUUGAGGCGGGGAGUGAUAGACCUGGAUGUGUUCCUGAAGCAUGUCCGCCUCCUGUCCCGGAAACAGUUCCAGCUGAGAGCACUUAUGCAGAAAGCAAGGAAGACCGCGGGUCUCAGUGACCUCUACUGACACCUCAGCUGGAGACGGGCCUCCUCGUAAAACGCUCUGUUCUUCUCCUUUCUCAUCAGUAGAACCCAGAAUAAGUUAUUGCAGUUUAUCAUUCAAGUGUUAAAUAUUUUGAACCAAUAAUAUAUUUUCUGUUUCCUUUGGGUAAAGACUGGCUUUUAUUAAUGCACUUUCUACCCUCUGUAAGCUUUCUGUGCUGUGUUGGGACUGACUGGGCUAAAUAAAAUUUGUUGCAUAA